CUGCCUAUGGUCGAACAGGAGUUUGGGGUGUGCUGGAAAGGUGGCCAUACGCUGGAAGGAGCUGCAAAAGAACCAAGGAGGGUUGUGGACCAGCCAGCGAGUUUUGGAGGAAAACUAAAGAGCAGCUUUGGGCCAGAUUAUGUUGUAUGUGGAUGGGAUGAACGGCGUCAUUAACCACAACGAGACCAUCCAGUGGCUCUACACUCUCGUUGGCUCAAAGUUCCGCCUGGUGGUGAAGACGGCCCUCAAGCUGCUGCUCGUCUUUGUGGAGUACUCGGAGUCCAAUGCACCACUUCUCAUUCAGGCCGUGUCUGCCGUUGACACCAAAAGAGGUGUCAAACCCUGGUCCAACAUCAUGGAAAUACUGGAAGAAAAAGAUGGAGUUGACACAGAGCUGCUGGUGUUUGCAAUGACUCUAGUGAACAAGACUUUGUCAGGAUUACCAGAUCAAGACACCUUCUAUGAUGUGGUGGACUGCCUGGAGGAGCUGGGCAUCGCUGCUGUGUCCCAGAGGCACUUGAGCAAGAAAGGGACAGACCUGGACUUGGUGGAGCAGUUUAAUAUUUAUGAGGUAGCACUCAGGCACGAGGAUGGUGAUGAGACAGCAGAGCCACCUCCCAGUGGGCACCGGGACCGGAGGAGGGCCAGCAUGUGUUCCAGUGGUAGCGGGGGUGAGCACCAGGGCCUUGACCGCAGAAGAAGCCGUAGGCACUCAAUCCAGAACAUCAAGAGCCCAUUGUCGGCUCCCACCAGCCCUUGUUCCCAGUCUAUUCCUGCCUUCAAGCCCAGCCAAGUGCAAGACCUCUGUGAAAAGGAGGAGGAAGAGGAGGAGGAGGAGGAACACCAACCAGUCACGGAGCCCAAUUCAGAGGACGAGAGAGAGGACAAUGCCCAAUGUCAGGGCAAGGACAGUGAGGCCAGCCUUGCCUCCAAGCAGAGCCCCCCCGGAAAGAAUGCUACUCCAGAGAGCUCUGCCCUCCCCAGCACCUCAAGUCCCACCUCACAAGGAAGGUGGCUUCCAGCCAGCACAGCAUCACGGAACCCUCUGCUUGGUGGAUGCUCUGGGUCUGAGGUCAGCCGGGCUGUUCUCCUGCCACCCCCCAGCCCUGCCUUGGCUGCUCGGCCCUCCACCACACCGAAGGCGUCUCGGACCAUAGACAAGCUGCCUUACGUGCCCCACAGCCCCUUCCACCUCUUCUCCUAUGACUUUGAGGACUCACCCCUACUCACCAAGGAUAAGGAAGUGGAAUCCCAUGCAGAAAACAGAUACAGCAACUUUGGCAAUAGUUCCUUUCACUCCUCCAGACCCUCAACUGGAUCUAGUGGGUCUCCCUCAUCCUUCUCACCCCCACCGGAUGCCAGGAUGGAACGGUCAUCACCCAGCAGUCUUCUCACAUCAUCCUUUAGGCAGCACCAAGAGUCGCUGGCGGCAGAGAGAGAACGGAGGCGACAAGAGAGAGAAGAAAGACUGCAGAGGAUCGAACGGGAAGAAAGAAACAAAUUCAACCGAGAAUAUUUAGACAAAAGAGAAGAGCAGAGACAAGCAAGGGAAGAAAGAUACAAAUACUUGGAGCAGUUGGCAGCCGAGACGCAGGAGAAGGAGCUGAGGAGCCGGAGCACCAGCCAGGGCAGAGCUGACCUGUCCCUGGACCUCAGCUUGUCAGCCACCGCUGCCUCGCCUGCCACACCAAGCCGGAGCCCUUCAUCGGCAGACUCACAGGAAGCUCUCACAGUGCCGCCCCCCCCAGUAACGCUUCAGUACCCGCAAGUAGGUGCCAAGGAUCCUGAGCCUGAACUGGAGGCAGAGGUGGCACAAGCUGCUGAUGAAGGCAGCCGGGACGUAGCCUCUGCCCACAGGGGAGCAGAGAGCGAAAGGGAGCAGGUGCUGGAGCCAGAGCCUGAAGAAAGAGUCUCCCUGAGUGAAAAAGAGAGGCAGAAUGAGGAGGUGAAUGAGAGGGACAACUGCUCUGCCUCCAGCAUCUCGUCCUCCAGCAGCACCUUGGAGAGGGAGGACAAGGAGGACAAGCUCUCCAGGGACAGGGCAACUGGUUUGUGGUCCACUGGCCUUCAGGAUGCGGGUGUAAAUGGACGGUGUGGUGACAUCCUCACCAGCAAAAGGUUCAUGCUGGACAUGCUGUAUGCCCAUAACAGAAAAUCCACAGAUGAGGAGGAGAAGGGCGAGGAUGAGCCUGGAACGUCUGAGCAGGAGGUGGAGGCUGUGGCCAGUCUCGCCACCAGGAUCUCCACUCUGCAGGCCAACUCUCAGGGCCCAGAGGAGAACAUCAGGAGGGUGGACAUUGGCUGUUUGGACAACCGGGGCAGUGUGAAAGCAUUUGCCGAGAAAUUCAACAGCGGGGACCUAGGGAGAGGGUCCAUCACUCCUGAUGCAGAGUCCCAUGAUAAGGUCCCAGACUCGGUACCUGCGCAACUGAAGACUGAGUCGGAUUAUAUCUGGGACCAGCUCAUGGCCAACCCCAGAGAGCUCAGAAUCCAAGACAUGGAUUUCACUGACCUGGGGGAAGAGGAUGACAUCGAUGUUCUGGAUGUGGAUCUUGGCCACCGGGAAGCCCCAGGACCACCUCCUCCACCCCCUCCCACCCUCCUAGGUUUGCCACCACCACCCCCUCCACCCCUGUUGGACAGUGUGCCUCCUCCUCCAGCCCCUGGUAAUUUAUUGGCUCCUCCUCCUGUGUUCAGUGCUCCUCAGGGCUUAGGGUGGUCCCAGGUACCCAGGGGUCAGCCAGCAUUCACCAAGAAAAAGAAGACUAUCCGACUGUUCUGGAAUGAAGUCCGGCCCUUUGAGUGGCCGGGAAAGAACAGUCGUCGCUGCAGGGAAUUCCUGUGGUCAAAACUGGAACCCAUUAAGGUGGACACUUCCAGGCUGGAGCACCUAUUUGAGUCUAAGUCUAAGGAGCUGUCUGUCACUAAGAAAACUGCUGCCGAUGGAAAGAGGCAGGAGAUCAUCGUUCUGGAUUCGAAGAGGAGCAACGCCAUCAACAUUGGCCUGACUGUACUGCCCCCUCCAAGAACAAUUAAGAUAGCUAUUCUGAACUUUGAUGAAUAUGCCUUAAACAAAGAAGGAAUUGAGAAAAUUCUGACCAUGAUUCCUACUGAAGAGGAGAAACAGAAGAUUCAGGAAGCCCAGCUGGCCAACCCUGAGGUGCCCUUGGGCAGUGCAGAGCAGUUCCUACUCACGCUCUCCUCCAUCAGUGAACUUUCAGCCCGGCUCCACCUGUGGGCGUUCAAGAUGGAUUAUGAAACCACAGAAAAGGAAGUGGCAGAACCACUUUUGGACCUGAAGGAAGGGAUAGAGCAGUUGGAGAACAAUAAGACCUUGGGCUUCAUCCUGUCCACUCUCCUUGCCAUUGGGAACUUUCUAAAUGGAACUGAUGCCAAAGCGUUUGAGUUAAGCUACCUCGAGAAGGUUCCAGAAGUCAAAGACACAGUACAUAAGCAGUCGCUUCUCCACCACGUGUGCACUAUGGUGGUGGAAAACUUCCCAGACAGCUCGGAUCUGUACUCGGAGAUUGGGGCCAUCACCAGGUCAGCCAAGGUUGACUUUGAUCAACUUCAGGAUAAUUUAUGUCAGAUGGAGAGAAGAUGCAAAGCUUCAUGGGAUCACCUCAAGGCAAUUGCGAAACAUGAAAUGAAGCCAGCUUUAAAACAACGGAUGUCAGAGUUCCUAAAAGACUGUGCAGAGCGGAUUAUCAUUUUAAAGAUUGUUCAUAGAAGGAUAAUUAAUAGAUUCCACUCCUUUUUGCUCUUUAUGGGCCAUCCACCGUAUGCGAUCCGGGAAGUAAACAUCAACAAGUUCUGCAGGACCAUCAGUGAAUUUGCACUGGAAUAUCGCACCACCAGAGAACGGGUUUUGCAGCAGAAACAGAAACGAGCCAACCACAGAGAGAGAAAUAAGACCAGAGGGAAGAUGAUCACUGAUUCUGGCAAAUUCUCUGGCAGUUCUCCAGCAACACCAAGCCAGCCACAGGGUCUGAGCUACGCUGAGGAUGCAGCUGAACACGAGAACAUGAAGGCUGUGUUGAAAACCUCGUCCCCCGCUAUGGAGGACGUCACCCCCGUGCUCGGUCUCCGCACACGUAGCCGGGCAAGCCGAGGAUCUACUAGUUCAUGGACUAUGGGAACCGAUGAGUCACCUAAUGUUACAGAUGAUGCAGCUGAUGAGAUCAUGGAUCGCAUCGUCAAGACAGCUACCCAAGUGCCCAGUCAGCGAGUGGUGCCACGGGAGAGGAAGCGAUCCCGUGCCAACCGCAAAUCUUUGCGAAGGACCUUGAAGAGUGGCCUGACUCCAGAAGAAGCUAGAGCCCUGGGCCUGGUUGGCACGUCCGAGCUGCAGCUGUGACUUUCACAGGCCCUCAGAGCGCGCUGAGCAGAGAACCAGCUCUGGCCGGUCCUGUUCAGGCCGAUGUGGGUGGAAAGACUUGACCCUGACACCUGGUGGCUGAGAACUGAGUGCUCAUUUCUACAUGUAACAGAUUACUCGUGUCAUGCUGUGUGCUGACACGGAUCUUCAGAGCCUCCUCACGUGCUUUGUCAUGUCAGCUGUCUCUCUCUUGUUUCCUUCAUACCUGGUUUAUUAGUUCCAAAUGUGACACCUUUUUUUUCUGGCAAGAAACAGCCCUUGUAAGGAACAAAUCGUGUCUGUCACAGUUGUUAUGAUAGCAUGAGGCCAUUUGAUUGGACUCAGAGAUUGGGUCUUCAGAACAGCAAAAUGUCCAGAUGUAAACUCCAGCAUUGUACACAGAAGCAAGCACAGUGUUCCCGGUUGUGGAUUUUAGAUGUACUAAGUGUUUAUACACAAACUCAUGAGUGUACAUCAUGUUUCAAAUACUAAAUAAACAGAAUUUAAUGUCAUCACAAGACACAUUC